AUGGAAGAGGAGAAUGCGGUGGAGCUUUUGCAACGGUAUCGUCGGGACAGGCGAAUACUUCUGGAUUUUAUACUUGCCGGUAGCUUAAUGAAGAAGGUGAUAAUGCCUCCUGGUGCGGUUACCCUAGAUGAUGUGGAUCUAGACCAAGUCAGUGUUGAUUAUGUGCUCAAUUGUGCUAAGAAAGGUGGAAUGCUUGAACUCUCGGAAGCUAUUAGAGACUACCAUGACCAUACUGGGUUACCCCAGAUGAACAGUACAGGUUCUGCUGGUGAAUUCUUUUUGGUUACGAAUCCUGAGUUUUCCGGUUCUCCUCCAAAACGGGCACCACCACCUGUUCCGGACUUCGUGCCACCUCCUGUUCUAACUCCACCUCCUGGUGUCUUUUCAUCUAUUCCUGACCUUGACUCAUCUCCGGUUGCAUCAAGUGUGUCAAAGUCAGAAUCUUUUAACUACACACAAGCUCAAGAACUGACUGUAGACGAUAUUGAAGAUUUCGAGGAUGAUGAUAUUGAUGAGGCUGACAGUCUCCGGAUUUCACGAAGGAUUCGAAACGAUGCUACUGAUCUUUCGCUUGGAUUGCCUUCUUUUAAGACAGGUGAACUCCAACGAACAGAAUGCUUAAGAUCUCUUCGAGAGAUUGCCAGUCCACUUGCUGAGAGGCCUGCUCGUGGUGACUUAACUGGUGAAGUUUGUCACUGGGCAGAUGGUUAUCACUUGAACAUUAGACUGUAUGAGAAACUGCUUCUCAGUGUCUUUGAUAUGUUAGAUGGGGGAAAGUUGACUGAGGUUAGUACUUUUGGUUCUUUGCCAUGGCAACACGGCUCUGUCAAAAUCUACAAAAGAACUGCAUUCAUUUACAUUGCCAAGUCACUUUCUGCUUGA